AUGGAUGAUCUCAUGCAGCCGCCUUUUCUCACAACCUUGACUCUACUUGUGUGCAGACACGGCAGUGUCGCAGACGGGGAGCUAGCAUGCCAUGCGGAUGAAGUGGGGUUGACAGGGUUUUCGGGCCGUUGCGAACUGAUCGACAAGGGAUGCACCUCUGAUGGUUGUACGAGGGAGAAAUCAAGUUUGCAACAAGCCCUAUGUUUAGUACGAAAGCACGCAUCGCUACGUCUCACUACUCGUGGUGCAAACUUUGUUGCGCAUUACGAAGAGGCUCAGCCACCGGAACGCGGCGUUUCAACCCACCGCAACGAGCCGCGGCAGCAACCGCCCAAGGCAUCGGCUGAUGCGAGAUCCCGGAAUAGCGGGAAUGCAAGCGUGUGCGGUGGGCGAGACCUAGGCGCUCGUUUUGUCCCUUGCUCUGGAAGAAGCAUCGUACUGUUGAUCGGUGUAUUCACGUGUGACAAUAUCAAGGACUUGGCGUCUCUACCUCCCCCUCAGGCUGAGCCGCACGGUUUUCCGGUAGUGACGGGGGCCCGCGAAGAUAGGCCUGUUGAGGGUUGA